AUGAUCUCCGUCCGUCCGUCUGCUGCCGCUCCGCAGCAGAGCCGGGCGCGCGCGAUCUCUCUGUCCGUCUGUCCGUCCGCUUUCGGGCCGUGGAUGGGGGACGAGAGGGAGGAGGAUGAGGAGGAUUUGGCCGGCGGCCGACGAGUAGGGGACGCCGCGGCGAAGCGGAGGCGAGGCGGACGCUUCGUCGCCGAUGGUGGCGGCAGCGAAGCGAGGGUUGCUGGCGCGACGCGCGGGCGCAGCCGUGAGGUCUCCGUGCGGGACUGCGGGAAUGGGACUGAUCAUACUCUUUUGUAUAUAGUUCAGCUUGUUGGCAGUAAACUGGAUUUCUUCAUAUAUUGGCAAUUAGUUCACUUAACUGUUUUGCUUGUUGUUGAUCGAGUGCCAGAGCUCGAUUUGAAGAGAACAUUUGUAUUCACACUUUUGGGGCUUGCCCUUGUUGGACCAACUUUACAUGUCUGGUACUUGUAUUUGAGUAAAUUAGUGGCAAUCAGUGGAGCAUCUGGUGCUAUAGCUCGCCUUUUACUUGACCAGUUUAUUUUCUCUCCCAUUUUUAUUGGAGUUUUUAUGAGCUUACUGGUCACAUUGGAGGGAAAUCCAUCACUUGUAGUGCCAAAACUUAAGCAGGAAUGGUUGUCAUCAGUAUUGGCGAAUAAGCAAUUGUGGAUACCCUUUCAGUUUCUGAAUUUUUAUUUUGUCCCACAAAAGCUUCAGGUUCUUGCUGCUAAUUUCGUAGCUCUUGCAUGGAAUGUGAUUUUGUCCUUUAAAGCCCACAAGGAGAUUGUAGCAAAACAGGUGAUGUCAACAGCUUGGAUUUCAUUCUCUUAG